GUUCCCCAGGCGGGGAGGUGAGGGCUGUCACGUCCGCCGUCUUCCCCAAAGAGCAGCGUGCCGGUGCGGGUUUUGGCUACAGGCUCGGCAUGCUCCACGUAAGACCAGAGACACUGGUGCUCCUGGGAGCUCUACUGACCGGAUCCCUGGAUCCGGCGGGCGGCGCGGACACACUCUCACUGCCCUGGGAAGUGCAGCGCUAUGACGGCUGGUUCAACAACCUGCGGCACCACCAGCGCGGCGCGGCAGGCGGCCCAUUGCGACGCCUGGUACCGGCCAAUUACGCAGACGGCGUGUACCAAGCUCUGGGAGAGCCGCAGCUGCCCAACCCGCGCCAACUCAGCAACGCCGCCAUGCAGGGCCCAGCCGGGCUGCCAUCCCGCCGCAACCGCACCGUGCUGGGGGUCUUCUUCGGCUACCACGUACUCUCGGACCUGGUGAGCAUAGAGAGACCUAGCUGCCCCGCCGAGUUCCUCAACAUCCACAUCCCACGUGGGGACCCUGUGUUCGACCCUGACCGGCGCGGGGACGUGGUGCUGCCCUUCCAGAGGAGCCGCUGGGACCCCAAGACCGGACAGAGCCCCAGCAACCCCCGGGACCUGACCAACGAGGUGACGGGCUGGCUGGACGGCAGCGCCAUCUAUGGCUCCUCGCACUCCUGGAGCGACGCGCUGCGGAGCUUCUCUGGGGGGCAGCUGAAGUCGGGGGCCGACCCCGCCUUCCCCCGGGACGCGCAGGAGCCCCUGCUCAUGUGGACCGCGCCCGACCCCGCCACGGGACAGCGCGGGGCCCGGGGGCUGUAUGCCUUCGGGGCCGAGCGAGGGAACCGCGAGCCCUUCCUGCAGGCGCUGGGCCUGCUCUGGUUCCGCUUCCACAACCUGUGCGCGCAGAGGCUGGCCCGCGAGCACCCGCGCUGGGGGGACGAGGAGCUGUUCCAGCACGCGCGCAAGAGGGUCAUUGCCACCUACCAGAACAUUGCUCUGUAUGAGUGGCUGCCCAGCUUCCUGCAGAAAACACCCCCAGAAUAUACAGGGUACCGCCCUUUCCUGGACCCCAGCAUCUCUCCAGAGUUCCUGGCAGCCUCUGAACAGUUCCUCUCCACCAUGGUGCCCCCUGGCGUCUACAUGAGAACUGCCAGCUGUGAUUUCCAGAAUAUCACCAUGGGUCUUAACACCUCUAGAGCUCUCAGAGUCUGCAACAGCUACUGGACUCGGGAGAACCCCAACCUGAACAGUGCCCAGGCAGUGAAUCAACUGCUGCUGGGAAUGGCCUCCCAGAUUUCAGAGCUGGAGGACAGGAUAGUGGUUGAAGAUCUUAGGGAUUAUUGGCCUGGCUUUGGCAAGUUCUCCCGCACAGACUACGUGGCCAGCAGCAUCCAGCGUGGCAGGGAUAUGGGGCUGCCCAGCUAUAGUCAAGCUCUGCUAGCCUUGGGUUUAGAGAACCCGAAGAACUGGAGUUACUUCAACCCCAAUGUGGACGCCCAGGUGUUGGAGGCCACAGCUGCCCUGUACAACCACGACCUGUCCCUGCUGGAGCUACUCCCUGGGGGGCUCCUGGAGAGCCAGGGAGACCCCGGACCCCUUUUCAGUGCCAUAGUCCUAGACCAGUUUGUGCGUCUGCGGGAUGGUGACCGUUACUGGUUUGAGAACACCAAGAAUGGGCUGUUCUCCAGAGAAGAAAUUGCAGAAAUCAGAAACACCACUCUGCGGGACGUGCUGGUGGCUGUCACUAACGUGGACCGCAGUGCCCUGCAGCCCAAUGUCUUUAUCUGGCAUGAAGGUGCACCGUGUCCUCAGCCCAAGCAACUCACAAUUAAGGAUUUGCCAACCUGUGUGUCCAUGACCGUGACUGACUACUUUGAGGGCAGUGGUCCUGGUUUUGGUAUCACCCUCGUGGCUCUCUGCUGUCUUCCUCUAGUGAGUCUGCUUAUCUCUGGGGUGGUGGCCCAUUUCCGGAGCCGAGAUCUCAAAAGAUUACAAAAGAAAGGCAAAGAGAGUAUGAAGAAGGAGGCAGCCAAAGAUGGAAUACUAGCGAUGGAGUGGCCAGGCCCUAGGGAGAGCAGCUACCCCGUCAUCAUUCAGCUGCUCCCAGACAAGUGUCUUCAGGUUCUGGAUAUGCGACUCUCUGUGCUGCGCACCAUCCAGCUGCGGCCCCUGCAGCAGGUCAACCUCAUUCUGUCCAACAACCGUGGAUGUCGCACCCUGCUGCUCAAGAUCCCCAAGGAAUAUGACCUGGUGCUGCUGUUUAACUCCGAGGAGGAGCGAAGAAACUUCAUUCAGCAUCUGCAAGACUCCUGUGUGCAGUGGGCUCUGGGUCUCCACAGGGCUGAGAUGGACGAGAAUGAGCUGUUCAGGAAGGCUGUGACCAAGCAGCAGCGGGGCCGCAUCCUGGAAGUCUUCUUCAGACACCUUCUUCAGGCGCUGGACAUCAAGCCUGAUGCAAGGGCUCAGCCCCUGGACUCGCCACAGGAGGUACGAGAGGCUCUGACAUGUGAGCUGAGUAGGGCUGAGUUUGCUGAGUCCCUGGGCCUCAAGCCCCAGGACAUGUUUGUGGAGUCCAUGUUCUCUCUGGCCGACAAAGACGGCAAUGGCUACCUGUCCUUCCGGGAGUUCCUGGACAUCCUGGUGGUCUUCAUGAAAGGCUCCCCAGAGGACAAGUCCCGUUUGAUGUUCACCAUGUAUGACCUGGAUGCAAAUGGCUUUCUCUCCAAGGAGGAAUUCUUCACCAUGAUGCGGUCCUUCAUUGAGAUCGCCAACAACUGCCUGUCCAAGGCCCAGCUGGAGGAGGUGGUGGAGUCCAUGUUCCGGGAGUCAGGCUUCCAGAACAAGGAGGAGCUGACAUGGGAGGACUUCCACUUUAUGCUGAGGGACCAUGACAGUGAACUCCGCCGCACGCAGCUCUGUGUCAAAGGUGAAGGUUUUAGAAACAUCUUUAAACCAAACAUCAACUGUCGAGUUUCAUUCAUCACUCGAACUCCUGGAGAAUGCUCCUGCUCCCAAAGAGGGGGGCUCCCUGCCUCAGAAGUCCCAGAGCUUGGAGGACCUGGGCUGAAGAAGAGGUUUGGCAAAAAGGCAGUGGUGAUCUCUCCGCCGCUGUACACGAAGGCGCUGCCGGAGAAGAGGCAGAGGGGCCUGCUGGCCCAGAAGCUGCAGCAGUACAAGCGUUUCGUGGAGAACUACCGGCGGCACAUCGUGUGCAUCACGAUCUUCUCAGCCAUCUGUGCAGGCCUGUUUGCAGAGCGCGCCUACUACUAUGCCUUUGCCUCGCCACCCUCGGGCAUCGCACAGACCACCUUUGUGGGCAUCAUCCUGUCGCGGGGCACGGCCGCCAGCGUCUCCUUCAUGUUCUCCUACAUCCUGCUCACCAUGUGCCGCAACCUCAUCACCUUCCUGCGGGAGACCUUCCUCAACCGCUACGUGCCCUUCGACGCCGCCGUGGACUUCCAUCGCUGGAUCGCCAUGGCUGCUGUUGUCCUGGCUGUUCUGCACAGCGCUGGCCACGUGGUCAAUGUCUACAUCUUCUCAGUCAGCCCCCUCAGCAUGCUGGCCUGCAUCUUCCCCGGCGUCUUUGUGGAUGAUGGGUCCCAGGUUCCCCAGAAGUUCUACUGGUGGUUCUUCCAGACUGUCCCAGGUAUGACAGGAGUGCUUCUGCUCCUGGUCCUGGCCAUCAUGUAUGUCUUCGCCUCCCACCACUUCCGGCGCCGCAGCUUCCGGGGCUUCUGGCUGACCCACCAUCUCUACGUCCUGCUCUACAUCCUGAUCAUCAUCCACGGCAGCGUUGGCCUGGUCCAGCUGCCCCGUUUCCACAUCUACUUCCUGGUCCCGGCACUAAUCUACGGGGCAGACAAGCUGGUGAGCCUGAGCCGGAAGAAGGUGGAGAUCAACGUGGUAAAGGCCGAGCUGCUGCCUUCAGGGGUGACCCACCUGCAGUUCCAGCGGCCCCCAAGCUUUGAGUACAAGUCAGGACAGUGGGUGCGGAUCGCCUGCCUGGCUCUGGGGACCAAUGAGUACCACCCCUUCACACUGACCUCUGCGCCCCAUGAGGACACGCUCAGCCUGCACAUCCGGGCGGCAGGGCCCUGGACCACUCGCCUCAGGGAGAUCUACUCACCCCCGACCAACGGCUCUGACAGAUACCCGAAGCUGUACCUUGAUGGACCAUUUGGAGAGGGCCACCAGGAGUGGCAUAAGUUUGAGGUGUCAGUGCUGGUGGGAGGAGGCAUUGGCGUCACCCCCUUUGCCUCCAUCCUCAAAGACCUGGUCUUCAAGUCAUCCUUGGGCAGCCAAAUGCUCUGUAAAAAGAUCUACUUCAUCUGGGUGACACGGACCCAGCGGCAGUUCGAGUGGCUGGCUGACAUCAUCCGGGAGGUGGAGGAGAAUGACCACCAGGACCUGGUGUCCGUGCACAUCUACAUCACCCAGCUGGCUGAGAAGUUCGACCUCAGGACCACCAUGCUGUACAUCUGUGAGCGGCACUUCCAGAAGGUGCUGAACCGGAGUCUGUUCACGGGUCUGCGCUCCGUCACCCACUUUGGUCGCCCCCCUUUUGAGCCCUUCUUCAACUCCCUGCAGGAGGUUCACCCAAAGGUACGGAAGAUCGGGGUAUUCAGCUGCGGCCCUCCAGGAAUGACCAAGAAUGUAGAGAAGGCCUGUCAGCUCAUCAACAGGCAGGACCAGGCCCACUUCGUGCACCACUAUGAGAACUUCUGAGCCCACCCCCCUGGUGCCUGUUUCUCCUCCGAGGACUAGCCCACCUGGCAGUUUCUUUGUCAGAAUUCACUUGUGGCCUCAGUUGGACAGCCACUCCCUCAUUACCCCACAUCCACAUCUCCCAUGCUCUGAGAAGGGAGAGGAGCCUUGGCCUGUUUGGCUUAGUUGGUGGAGCAUCAUCCUGUGCAUUGAAAGGGCACCAGUUGGAUUCCAGUCAAAGCACAUGCCCAGGGUGCCAGCUUCAUCCCUAGUAGGAGGUGUGCA